AUUUGCGAUGUCGAUUGAAGCACUACCCAACGAACUGCUGGUUCAAAUUUUCAACCAUUUGAGCUGGAGCCGGCUUAGCAAGAAAGUCUCACUGGUAAACCGUCGAUGGUAUCACGUCGUUGGGAUGGCUCCUUUGGCCAGCAAGGCCACAUUGAAUCUCUGUAAAACUGACCGACUGCAACCUGCAUAUUGUGGCGAUUAUCACAUACCCUUGGAAGUGUUGCAAAGUAGCUCACGGGAAUAUUCCCGAUUUAAGAUUUCCAUGCAUUCGAUGGAGGCGGAACAGCUGGUAGAUGGGACAUUCGGUGCAGUGCUACAGUAUUGUCAUCAUCGUUGGAACAUUCAGAACUUGAGUUUAACGAUGUGCUACUAUCAGUUCCAUCUGUUUCUUCGGCAUCAUACAAAUCUGUUGAGCAAUGUGAUAAUAGUGAAGAUUGUGGUCAAAGAUAUUCCUCCCCCAAAUGGCACUAUUCGUGAUGACGAAUAUCGAAAUGCCUUUCCCUUUAUGCUACCAAUGGAAAAAUUGCAAAACAUGGAUUUUGAGCACAGGCAAUUUAGUAACAACUACCAAUCGCCACCUUAUGUUCUUGUCCUCAUAACACCAAACCUGGAAACAAUAAGCAUACAACGGUGCGUCAUGAGGAACAAUGUCCGCAUUGUGCUUCAACAUUGCCCUAAACUGCGAUCGUUAUUCAUGUUCAGUCGUAGACCUUUGAGGUCGUCGUUCGUUUCCGAUCCCUUGGAGUUGGAAAAUGCAACACCGCAACAAAUGCCUUCUCUGUCACGCCUCAAACUAAUAAAUGUACCUCUACAAUCAACACUUGAACCAAUGUUCAGCAAUCUACAGACCAUCUACUUAGCAUACGUCAAAAUUAAUCCUACCAGUCACACGAUUACCUGUGAGAAUCUUACUGAGCUUAUGAUAGAUUCAUUGACCCUAUACGAACCACUCAAGCUUCGAGUGCCGCAGCUGAAAACAUUGAACUGUGAUAUGGAUGUUCUCAAACUGCUGCACCUACACGACGCAUUGCAAACUGAUCAGUUGAUCAUCAACAUGCGUUAUCCUUCGAAAGGCCGCCCCAUGGAUACGGCUAGGCUUACAGGAUUGAUCCAUUUUCGACGGCUUUUUCUAAAACUAGGGCAGUGCUAUUGCUACGAUGCGGUAUGGUUCAAUUUCUUGUGGUCCAAUCUCUUAGGCAUCGUGGAACUUAGAAUUCGCGAAAAGUUCCCACGCGAUCAUCUCAGUCGCUUACAGGACGUAUUGGAACAGUUCCCUCAGAUAUCGCAACUGCAACUGCAAGGAACGAUCAUUCCAAAUGCUUUCCGAUUUUUACCAACGAGUGUUAAGACGAUCUACAUUGAGGACUGCUCGGUUGUUGGCAGCAGCGUCCAAUUCUCACCAAGCGUUCAACGUGUUCGAGUACGAAAGCUAUGGAGUAGUAAUGAUCUUCCUGGGUGCGAUGUUGAUGGGAUACAGCUGGAACCACUUGGUCAAUUUAAACCAUUACAUUCAACAAAGGUGUUUCGUACCAAUGAUGGACCGAGAAUGGCUUAUUCGACACGAGAAGGAUGUCAGAGUGACGAAACUCAAGAUUAAGUUGGAAUUUGAGGGUACAUUGUAGCGGUCAAAAUGCAUAUUUUAUUUUAUCCUAUCGCAUUGAUUAUAAUAUGUUUUAUGUAAUUUUAAUAUCCUCGAACCAUAUUUUACGAAAACAAAUAAUCGUAUUGAAAUAAACGAAUGAAUACAAGA